CAAGUGGUCCAACAGCAUCUGAAAUGGUACAAAGCCGAUGACUUUUUUUUUCUCCUUCCCUCCCGCGGCGAGAAAUUCAAGCCACAGCAGCUACGCAGCAGAUCCGAUCUUUCCCUUGGUGGUACCGUGAUAGUCCUGUGCUCCCCUUACCUAAGGCAGGGGGAAGCGGACCCCGGGGAUACGUAUCUUUGGAGAAAAGUGGUGGGACCCCGGUCUUCUGAUUGGCUCACUGCCUGAGAACUUGAGCUUCCAUUGGAGCAGGAGCUAAGCUGCCUCGGUCGUUGCAUCGGUGGCAGGCACGACCCGACGCCUGAAUAAUUACCCCGAUUUGGCCGUGUCUGACAUAUUUGACGCUGCAUGUCUCUAUCGCCAAGUCGCAUCGUUCCGGAAUGAUAUCGUCAAGGCCACACCAUCACAUCAGCAGCCAUGGUACGAAUGACAAUAACACCCGCCAUCGCCGAAGGUCAGCAGAGGCUGGCUGAGGUCAGAUCCGGACGGGGAAUCGCGGCGAUACCAGAGGACACUGAUCAGGCACCAACGUCAGAUACUGCCGAUGAGGCCGCAGCGACAGUCAAAACCGGAGAGCCGACUGCUAGGGAUGCUAAAAUCGGAGGCCCAAUUACGCACGGCCAGAUACUAGAUUUGUGGAAGAACCUGAAGACGGAAGGCAUUGAGGGCUUCAGUUUGGAGGGACUGCUGCGAGGCGCCAGGGUGUAUAUCCCCCCGCCACCUCCGAAGCCCGAACCAUCUGCCGAAUACAAAGCCCUGAUGGCCCGCUUGCGACGUGAUGAAGAGGAAAGAUCGUACCAGCGCAUGCUGAAGCAACCGUCCCGGAUGGAAGCCUUUUCCCAGCAAUUUCCCAGCGCCGCUGCCCGAGCACACGCCUUCGCCGAAGUAAACCGCCCCAUGAACGAAGCAGAUAAUGGCGAUGACGAAGUGACGCUCGGAGACGUGCAGAAGCAGAUGAUGGUCAUUCUCAACUUCCUCAUAAGCAUCAUUGGUGUCGCAGCCACCAUCUGGAUAGCGGCCCGAUGGUGGAAUGUGACUGCCCGGAUAUUCCUGACGCUCGGGGGCGCUAUUGUCGUCUUGAUAGCCGAGGUCGCCGUGUACUCCGGCUAUGUUUGGAGGAUAGGGGAGGCCAAGUCCAAGACUAAGGAACCGGAAGAAAUCAGAGAGGUGGUGCAGUCGUGGGUGUUAGGUAAGGUUAGUAAGGUCGAUCCUGCCGGAGAGACGACUACCCUUCUUGAUACGAAAUCGCAAGAUACGGACGAAGGCAUACGGCGAAGACUGAAGGGGCUUUCGUAGGCAGUAGGAUCCACGAAAUGGAACUAGUCUUGGCAGUCUUGUUUGCGAUUUUGGCACUCGCCGGUAAAGCGCUGCUGUUCUAAUCCUGGCGACAUCCCUGUGCAAGGCCAGAAAACCGCCCCAAAACGGCUUUUGUAAGUACACGGCAGAAGUCGUCCGAGGCUCUGGAAUCGUGUUUUCGCAGUUGUACUUUAUUGAGAGGCUUCGUCAAAUAGAGUACCUCUCACACGUGACGGCGUGGGGAGAGUUUUGGAGUGCGCGACUGUACGCGUCGCUGCACGUCAAUUCGCGCGACGCGCUUUGGGUGGGGGGCCCACAGUACCUGAAUGCUCCCCCGGUCUGGGGGCCAACCACUGCCUCUGCGUCUCCCUUCAGCCUCGGCCUCACGUACCUCUUUUCCGGA